AUGACUGAGAGACGUGGCGAGGAGCGAAAACGCGCGAAAAAGCGAAAGACGGGAAGCGCACGCGCGGCAGUCCUCACGUCCCCCAACAGCUCCCCUGCGGAUCGGCGCGGCGACAAGAAAGGCUCUGCUUGUUCAGGCGUGAGUCUCGGAGAGUGCCCCAAGUUUUUUUUGCUCCUUUUUUCAAAGCGAAGAAGGAAUUGCUGCCCGGCGAGUGCGCCUGGAGAGUGCCUCUCAGCAGCGAGAGACAUGGGGAUCGGCGGGGGGCCUGAGGCGGGGGACGCAGGGCGCGCUCCUUCUCCGCCCCCACAUGUGGCGUGUUGUGACGGGCGGAAAGAAGAGGCUGUGGCAACGGAGAAGAAGCGCGAAAAGCUGAAGAAGCACGUUCAAAGAGAAGCAAGAAAGGUGGAGGCGCAGGCCUCCAAAAACGGCCUUGAUGAGGGCGUCCAUGCGGCAGAUGGCGCCACGCGCUCAGCGUCUUCUGACCUGCCCUCUGGCGCGCGCCCGGUGGAGCUCCGUGAAGAGAAAAGGCGAGACCACCAGAAUCCUCGGCACCGUGGCGACCUCGGGUUGCGGACGCGGGUCACGUGCGAGUUCGGCGGCGCGGAAGGCAGGGAGCGCGAGAAGAAGGCGGAGGGGGACGACGAAGGGACUUCCAAAAGACAGCCAGAGUUUCCAAGCGACGCCUCGACGGGGGCACCGUGGCUGUUUCCCAUCCGGCGCGACUGGGACUAUCGCUUCCCAGAGGACGUGCCCGAACUGCUCCAGGUAGUCUGCAGCCGCAUCAACUGUCGGCCGCUGGCGACAGACGACCAGGACAACACGCGCCCUUCUUCCGCGCUCUGCAGCGAAGACGGCGAAGGAAUGACUGCCCGCAAUGGCGUGGCGCCGAGCCACGAGACGCUUGAAGGAGAACGCCUCCUCGCAGUGUCUGAAAGAAUGGUCGCCGAGUGGAAGCAACGGCGAGCGUGGAGACAGCGCGAGGAGAAGAAGAAAAAACACCUCGCGGCCGUUCCCCUGCCACCGGGCGCACCGCACGUCACGCGCGCAGCGGCGGAAGAAGGCGACACCAAACGUUCGCGGGGUGACGAAGAAGUAGGAGAGCGAGCGUCACUGUGUGCUUUGCUCGCCGCCUGUCGAGCGUGCCCUCUGUCUUGGGCGGCUGACGGCCAGAAACCGGGCUCGAAGCUGCGUGGCGCGCCUGCUGCGGUGUACCUACACCACUCCCGAAGACGCCAGCCUCCGCUGCCGCCUACGGAGAAGCGCGGCGCCGUCUGCAGCGUCAGAGGGACAGGAGAGUCCAAGCAGAUUGUCUCUUCUCUGGUGGAAGGGCCCCCGGCUCUUCCUUCCUCGCCCUCAGCGACUGCAAGCGGAUAUGAGAGGGGCGCUGGGCUGCCUGCGCCGUGGGCGCUCACCCCGGAGUCUUCCUCGCAAACCUCGUUCGCUUGCCGACCCCCUCUCUUGCCUCCUGCCCCUCCCAGCGCCGUCCCGGGAGCGCCCCAACCCCCCGCGUUCCUUUUGAAUCCUCAUGAAACGUGGAGUGCGUGCCCGCAACCGCCUCCGCCGCGGCAUCCACAGGUCGGCGGCAGUGUAUGUACACCCCCGCAGGUAGAAGGGACGGGCGCGGCUGCAGGCGGCGGAGGCGCGCCGUCAGGCGAGUUGACUGCUGCGCAGGGCAGGGGGAUGAUGCUGGCGCCGCUGCCACCCUCGGCGCGGCAUGCGAAAGCCCCGGCGCAGCGGAAACAUGCACAGGCCGAUGUCGCGGUCGGCGGCGGCCUUUCUGGCGCUUCGAAGGGCGGCGUGCGACGGAGGGAGGACGAAGAGAAUCGGGGCAGUGGCGGAGGGCGCCAAGAUGUAGAAGAAGGCUCUCGCCUAGGAAAGCGAGAAGGAGGCAAGAAGGAAGGAGGCGCGCGCUUGGCGGCUCGCUAUGCGGCCGGCGCCCACCCGCCGGGGAGCGGUGCGGGUGGGCGCGGAGGGACAGGAGGCGCGACCGCAGUCGGAGACCAGGGCGCCUCGGGGGAAAGUGUCUCUUGGCCGGAAGAAGUCACGAAGCAGGCUGUGCGCUGCGCUAUCGGCGGAACGAUGCACGAGUUCGUGCGUCUGCCGGAUGGGUUUUCGGUCUGCUUCGCGAACGGCAACUACGGGGCAGGGCGUUUCAACGGCUUCAUUCACCUCUCGCUGCCGUCCACGGGGUCGUCCUCCUCCUGUCCCGUCGUCCCGGGGGGAUAUCUGCUGCUGGAGCACGCGCCUUCGUGGCAACAUCCAACGCCCAUGCCGCUUUUUUUCCUUCGCGCGACGCCGCGCAACAGCCGCGAGCUCGCCGAGGCGCUCGCCAGCCCGUUCUGGGCGCGCAGGCAUCCUGCGCGGCACCUGGUGUACAGACACCGCGCGCACAUGCUUCGCUUGCUUCAGGACCGGCCGCGGAAGCGCGGAAAAAACGCACAGAGCGGGGGGCAAGAUCAGGGAGGAAAGCAUGCAGCGACGCGAGGCGGGUUGGGGGAAGGCGGAGGCGGCGCGGAUGGCGAGGUCAAGCAGGUCCCCUUCCGCGCGGUCGCAGAGGAAGCGAACUCCGCAGCGACCGCGAACGGCCCGAAUGUCGCACUGGGCGCCGAGCAGAAGAAGAGUCACCGACGCCGGGCUGAAGCUGCUGCGAGUCGGCAGGCAGAGGUAGCGGAGGAAGAGCAGCGCGUCGCGGAGGGCGCGACCUCAAGGAAGAACCGAGGAGAGGGACCGCUGGCCGCGAAGGCGAGAGAGAGCAGGAAAGACGGGCGCGACGAGCGAGGAGGAAGGACGGACGGCGAAGCCUCGGCGCAGUCUGGCGAGGGAGAGAGAACAAAAGAGCUAGACGAGCAGCCGAAGCACACCGGUUCCGCCUCCGCAGGCUGCGAGGCAAAAGAAGGAGGUAGUCCGCCGCAACAAGGCGUCGCGUCGCCUGCGGUCUCGCCCGUGGCGGAGGGCAACGGAGGGGCGCUGCCCGCGCCGGCAGCGAGGCUGCAAAGUUUCCUCCCCGCGGAUCGCGUGGGGAAAAAGCGAGCUGCCGACAGGGGCGGAAAGCGGAGACAGGACGCGCCGGCUAAAUGUGAGAAGACGCCUUUGCCGGCGGAGGGGAAGCCGCGCGGCAGUCUUCGAGAGCCGCAGCGGGGCGGUGAGGCCAGUCGACAGGGCAGGCCAGGCUGUGUGGAGGAGGUCGCGCGACGGAGGCGUCUCCCCUAG